AUGGCAGCAGUGCCUUGGGUUGCACUCAUUCUGUCGUUUGUAGCAACCAUCCACAACCAUAUAGGCCUUGUGGAAGCUUCAGCUGACAUAGGUGUUUGCUAUGGAAUGUUAGGAGAUGACCUCCCUGCUGCUACAGAAGUGGUUAAUCUGUACAAAACAAACGGUAUCGGCAAGAUGAGGCUCUUUGAUCCUAAUCCGGCCGCACUUGAAGCACUGAGAGGGAAAGAAAUUUAUGUCAGUCUAGGCAUUCGAAACGAAGACUUGCCCCAAUUGGCAGGAAGUGUAGAUGCUGUGAACUCAUGGUUUGCAACCAAUGUAGAGCCCUACCUGAAUGACAUUGUCUUCAAUUACAUUUCUGUUGGCAAUGAGGUUAUUCCAGGGUCCUUAGGCAUCUAUGUUUUGCCUGUAAUGCAGUCUCUACAGAAAAUUCUCGACGACAGAAACUUGGCUGGUAUUAAGGUGUCCACAGUUGUGCCAGGGUCUGCCUUAGGAGUUUCAUUUCCACCUUCAAGUGGCGAGUUCACACUAGAGGCAAGCAGUGUCAUGAGUGGCAUUGUUGCAUUUUUAGCACCGCGAGGAUCACCCCUUCUGAUCAAUGUGUAUCCCUACUUUGCUUAUGCAUCAGACCCUGUUAACAUUCGCUUGGACUACGCUCAAUUUACCGCAACAAGUCCAGUGGUUAAGGAUGGGGAGUUGAGCUAUCAUAACCUGUUUGAUGCCACAGUUGAUUCUUUUCUGGCAGCAAUGGAAAAAGUAGGCGGGGCAAAUGUCGAUGUGGUGGUGUCUGAGAGUGGUUGGCCUUCUGAUGGGAAUGGAAAUUUCACCACUCCAGAACUUGCAGGGACAUAUAACAGGAACUUCUUGAAACACAUAACCUCAAACAUUGGGACACCGAAAAGACCUGGUGCUUACAUUGAGGGGUACAUUUUUGCCAUGUUCAAUGAGAAUCAGAAACCUGAAGGUGUGGAGCAGCAUUUCGGACUUUUUCAUCCUAACAUGCAACCUGUUUAUCCUGUAUUUUAA